GCUUAUAAGCAAGGUAUAAAAGUUGAUGCUGGUGUACUGAAUAUUUAUAGUUAUUUCCUGACAAGAAAAGGACGAACUACUAAAACAAAAAUGGUUUCCAAGGUUGUUGUCAUCUGCACUUUCGCCUUUAUGAUUCAGGCUAUCAGCGGCCAGAACUGCUACAGAGCUCUUGGUUCAUCUAGUGACUGCAAGUCCAUCGUCAUUUCCAACAGCGGUGGUGACCUGCUCAUCACCGCUCUCGGCCCCAUCUCGCCGUCCGGCAUCGCCGUCGCCACCGAGCUGGGCCUGGCGGGAGACUUGGAGCUCUCCGGCGAGCUGCCGUACCUGACCGCGGUGGAGUUCCAAGGCCACUUCGACACCAGCGGCUCGACGGGGGUCUCGUACGGCUGCGGAGACUGCGUCGCCAUCACCCAGGAGCUCGGCAACCCGAGCGGCGUCAACGCCAACAUCAACUCAGGCAACAAAAUCGUCAGCGUCUGCGGUUGUGGCAGAAAGUGA